CCCCGGGAUGCGUCCGAGCUAGGAGUCAGGUCCAGCAUGGGGGCCACGUCUGUCUGGGCCUUGGGCCUCCUGAUGCUCCAGAUGCUGCUGUUUGUGGCUGGGGAACAGAGCACACAGGAUGCCACUGCUGCUGCCUCUGCUGCCGCCAACAAGGGGCUCCACAUGCAGAAGGUGGGGUCGGGGUUGGUUCGGGCUGCGCUGGCAGAGUUAGUGGCCCUGCCCUGUCUCUUCACCCUGCGACCAUGGCCAGAUGCAGGCCGAGAAGCCCCUCGGAUCAAGUGGACCAAGGUGCGGACUGCAUCAGGCCAGCGGCAGGACUUGCCUAUUCUGGUGGCCAAGGACAAUGUGGUUCGAGUGGCCAAGGGCUGGCAGGGACGUGUUUCACUGCCUGCCUACCCCCGGCACCGGGCCAACGCGACGCUACUACUGGGACCACUGAGAGCCAGCGACUCUGGGCUCUACCGCUGCCAGGUGGUGAGGGGCAUAGAGGAUGAGCAGGACCUCGUGCCCCUGGAGGUGACAGGUGUUGUGUUCCACUACCGGGCAGCCCAGGAUCGCUAUGCACUGACCUUCGCAGAGGCCCAGGAGGCCUGCCGUCUCAGCUCAGCCACCAUUGCAGCCCCACGGCACCUGCAGGCUGCCUUUGAAGAUGGCUUUGACAACUGUGAUGCCGGCUGGCUCUCUGACCGCACUGUUCGGUAUCCUAUCACCCAGUCCCGUCCUGGUUGCUAUGGCGACCGUAGCAGCCUUCCAGGGGUGAGGAGCUAUGGGAGGCGCGACCCACGGGAACUCUACGAUGUGUAUUGCUUUGCCCGUGAGCUGGGGGGCGAGGUCUUCUAUGUGGGCCCGGCCCGCCGCCUGACCCUGGCCGGCGCGCGUGCCCAGUGCCGCCGCCAGGGCGCCGCGCUAGCCUCGGUGGGACAGCUGCACUUGGCCUGGCACGAGGGCCUGGACCAGUGCGACCCGGGCUGGCUAGCCGACGGCAGCGUGCGCUACCCGAUCCAGACGCCGCGCCGGCGCUGCGGCGGCCCAACCCCCGGCGUGCGCACAGUCUACCGUUUCGCCAACCGCACUGGCUUCCCGGCGCCCGGAGCGCGCUUCGAUGCCUACUGCUUCCGAGCUCAUCAUCCUACACCACCACAUGGAGACCCAGAGACCCCCUCAUCUGGGGAUGAGGGGGAGAUUCUGUCAGCAGAAGGGCCUCCAGCCCAAGAAGUGGAACCCAGCACUGGGAAGGAGAUGGUCACCCCUGACUUCCAGGAGCCUCUAGUAUCCAGUGGGGAAGAAGAGCCUCUGAUCUUGGCAGAGAAGCAGGAGUCUCAGGCGACCCGCAGCCCUGCUCCUGGAGGCUUCAUGCUAGCCUCAAGGCCCCCCCGGGAGGCUGAAGAGGUGUGGCCGAGCACAGUGGCCCCCAGCCCUAGCAGCCCCAGCACUGCAGUGGGCGCUCACAUGGAGGCGACUCCAACUGGCCCCGUGCCCAGGAGGAGGGGACGCUUUAAAGGGUUGAAUGGGCGCCACUUCCAGCAGCAGGAACCCCACCGAGGCCUGGAGGUGGGGCUUGAGGCCAGCACCCAGGCCCUGACCCCAGAGGCUGCUGGGAAUCACGUGGAGCCUCUGCUGGCCACAGGAGCCACAGAUGCUUCAGGGGAUAGCCGGAGCCAAAGCCCUUGGGCUGUGCUGACCAAUGAAGUGGAUGUGCCUGGAGCUGGUUUCCCUGGUGGCAGGAGCCCCCCAGAGCCCUGGCUGUGGCCCCCGACCGUGGCCCCACCCAGCGUCCCAGGCCUCAGCAGCAUUGCUGGCCUGGAACUAGAGGAAGCCAAGGGCCCCAGUGUGAGGCCGGCCGCUCCUGAACUGUCCUGGUCUCCCUCAGAGGUCACUGCCCUAGAACCCAACCCCUCAGAGGGUCCCAGCAGUGCCCCCUGGGAGGUAUCCCCCAUGGUCACUUCCCCAGACUUUCCUGUCAUGGCCAUGCUUCGUGCCCCCAAACUGUGGCUUCAUCCAAACCCGACGCCCCUCCCCACGCAGGCCAACAGGGUCAAGGGGCAUAGUGAGGCCGUGGCUUCUGUACCACCCUCCCCUGCCUCAGACACUGAGGCUGUCCCCCAGGACCCUAUCUAUCCAGAAAUGCAUUCCUUGCCCCUCUCCUCAGGCCCCACAGGACAGGGUAGAGAGGCCACACCCCCGACAGUCACCAGUCCUAACUCUCCCAGGGCAGACUUGGGAGAAAUUGGGGGGACCAGCCCUACUGGGCCCAGCAAAGCUGAGCGCCCCAGAUCCAGUCCACAAGCUGCUGUGGACAGGAAUGUGGCGGAAGAUUUCGCCGCCACUGAGACUGCCACUGAGCCCACGGGAGUGAGAGACAUCUCAGGGUCUGAGUCUGGGGUCUUCGGCACAGCAGAAAGCCCCACUUUUGGCGCUCAGGCCACCACGGACAAGGCACAGGGCACGUGGCCCUCACUGCACAGUGAAGGGCUGGACUCCCACCCCCCAUCUGCACCCUCGGGUGUUCCUAGAGUCCUCUUAAUUCCUGGGGUCACCCCAAGUUUGGAGCCUUGGGCCACUAUAAACGGAGAAGCCGUGGUGGGGCCCACAGAUUCCACGGCCACACUGGCCCCCAGUGAUGCUGGUGGGAUUUGGGCACCUGGAUCCCAUGUGGUUGAGGGAGCUGAAAGCCCCACCCUGAGCCCUCGAGUGGCCGUGGAUUCAAGCGUAGUGAUGUCCCUCAUGUCCGUGGACCAAGGGGACAAGGCUGGAGUCCUGGCCAUGUCCACAGUGGCCUCCUCGAGCUCCCAACCCCAUCCAGAGCCGGAGGGCCAGAUGGUGACCCAGGGAAUACUGGGAGCCUUGGCCCCUUCACAGGACAGCAGCCCCCCAGGGGAGCCUGUUUUUCCUCCUUGGACACCAACGGCAGCCAGCACGGACAAGCCUGUCUCAGUUUCCUCAGGAGAGCCUACAGUGCCGGGUGACUCUCCCAGCACCCCACUGCCGGCCUCCCUGGGCCCAGAGGAGUUUGAGCUGGAGGUCCUUUCAGGGAGCCCAGGUGUGGAGGGCUUCUGGGAGGAGGCAGCGAGUGGAGAAGAGCCGACCCUGCCAGGGACCCCAGCAAAUGGAAGUACAGAGGAGGCCCCCUUGGAUCCCUGCGAGAACAACCCUUGCCUGCAUGGGGGCACCUGUAAAGCCAACGGCACCAUGUACGGCUGUAGCUGUGACCAGGGCUUCGCCGGGGAGAACUGUGAGAUUGAUAUUGAUGACUGUGUCUCCAGCCCAUGUGAGAACGGAGGCACCUGCAUUGAUGAGGUCAACACGUUCGUCUGCCUUUGCCUCCCCAGCUACGGGGGUAGCCUCUGCGAGAAAGACACAGAGGGCUGUGACCACGGCUGGCACAAGUUCCAGGGCCACUGCUACCGCUACUUUGCCCAUCGACGGGCGUGGGAGGACGCCGAGAGGGACUGCCGCCGCCGAGCGGGCCACCUGACCAGCGUCCACUCACCCGAGGAACACAGCUUCAUUAACAGCUUUGGGCGUGAAAACACUUGGAUCGGCCUGAAUGACAGGAUCGUGGAGAGGGAUUUCCAGUGGACGGACAACACGGGGCUGCAAUAUGAGAACUGGCGGGAGAACCAGCCUGACAAUUUCUUCGCGGGUGGGGAGGACUGUGUGGUGAUGGUUGCACAUGAGAGCGGGCGCUGGAACGACGUUCCCUGUAACUACAACCUCCCCUAUGUCUGUAAGAAGGGAACAGUGCUGUGUGGUCCCCCUCCAGCAGUACAGAAUGCCUCACCCAUUGGUGCUCGCAAGGCCAAGUAUAAUGUUCAUGCCACUGUACGAUACCAAUGUGAUGAAGGAUUUACCCAGCACCAUGUGGCCGUCAUCCGAUGCCGGAGCAAUGGCAAGUGGGACCAGCCCCAAAUCGUCUGCACCAAACCCAGACGGUCCCAUCGGAUGCGGCGACACCAUCACCACCACCAGCACCAUCACCAGCGUCACCACCAUAAAUCGCACAAGGAGCGCAGAAAACACAAGAAACACCCAGCAGAGGACUGGGAGAAGGAAGAAGGGAAUUUCUGCUGA